ACUCAAUACCAUCAAUCAAUAUUCAAUCAUGUGCUCUUCAAACUCCAAAUCAAACCAUGCCACUACUCCGGCCACCACCACCGUCUCCGACAUCAACGGCCGUCCGGUGCUUCAGCCGGCCACCUCCAACACAGUACCACUUAACUCUCCGCUCUUGGAAAGACGUUCACUUAAAAAGACCCUCUCCCUUCCAAAAUCCAUCUCCAUGACUCCAUCUCCGACGCCUCCUCACACCACCGCCAAAACUCCCAUAUCCCCAAAGCUCAAAUCACCACGGCAGCCGGCCGUCAAGCGUAGCGAUAUGACUUCCAGCUCCGACAAGCUUGUUCUACCACUACCCACCAAAUGUACAACAGCAAGAUCCAUGAUUCCGGUGAAGAAGUCCAAGAAGUGUACUACUACCGGUGAUCAUCAUUUGCAUAAUUCUGUGGAAACCACUACUAAUUCGUUGGUGGUGAAGUAUUCAUCGGCGGCAAUCGUGGAUUCCCCGGGGAGUAUAGCGGCAGCACGGCGAGAACAGGUGGCGGUGAUGCAGGUUCAGAGAAAAAUGAGGAUCGCUCACUAUGGAAGAUCUAAAUCUGCUAAGUAUGAUAGUUGCAGCAAGCUUACAUCUUACUUUGAUCCCAACUCACUUCCUUCCGCCAAUAUCAGAGAAGAGAAAAGAUGCAGCUUCAUCACUCCCAACUCAGACCCCAUAUAUGUUGCUUACCAUGAUCACGAAUGGGGAGUUCCUGCUCAUGAUGACAAGGUGUUGUUCGAACUAUUGGUGCUAACGGGUGCUCAGGUCGGAUCGGAUUGGACUUCGGUUCUAAAGAAAAGACAACAAUUCAGGGAAGCGUUUUCGGGAUUUGAUGCGGAAAUUGUGUCAAAGUAUUCUGAGAAAAAAAUAACAUCAAUCGGUAGUGAUUAUGGGAUUGAAGUUAGUCUUGUCCGAGGGGUCGUUGACAACUCUAAAUCUAUUAUUAAGAUCAAUGAUGCGUUCGGGUCAUUCGACAACUACGUCUGGGGAUUCGUGAAUCAUAAGCCAAUCGCAACGCAGUAUAAAUCAAGUCACAAGAUGCCUGUUAAGACAUCGAAAUCCGAAGCCAUAAGCAAAGACAUGGUGCGCAGAGGAUUCCGACAAGUGGGACCCACUGUCGUCCACUCGUUCAUGCAGGCCGCCGGUCUCACUAAUGAUCAUCUCACCACUUGUCCUCGCCACCACCAAUGCGUCUCCGUCUCCCUAUCAGACACGACGCCGUCCAAAUCUCUAAUUUCCGUUGACUAAAUCAACCGUUUCUAGUCAGUAUCCAGUAAAUUAACACGUUUAUUUGAUAUCUAACAUGACAUACCACCGGGUUUUUUUUUCCUUUUGAUUUGCCGUUUGUAUUUGUUGAUGUCAAUUCUCGUUCUUAUGUCUCGAAAAAGUUUAGUUUGUCGAGAUAAACGUAGAAGCCUACUAAUAUUCUGUAUUUAUAUGUGUGGUUUGAUUGGGUGUAAAAUGGAUUGAGUUGAAAUAAAGAGAUGUGGAUCACGUGA